AUUCAAAUGGGACAUUUUAAGUCAUAAGAAUUAAUGAUACAUUCAUAGGAAAAAUGUUAUUUACAUGUGACAUUGUCAUGAGUCUCACACUCUCACCUUUUAAGCCAAUGGAGCAUUUAACAAAUUGAGUGAAGAUAAGAUUAUCCAGCCCCUCAAAACAAUUAUCUUGCAUUGCUGUCUCAGCAAUAUCUACAGAGAAACUCAAAGUCAUAACUAUAUCUCAUUUAUGCACUCAACCACCCUAUUUAUAUAUAUUGCCAAUCAAACCACCAACAAAGACACCAUAAUUUCCACCAUCUAUUGCAAUUAUUCUCUCCUUCCCUACAAUGAGAGAAAAAACAGAACCAUUGCUGCUUCUACUACCAAUUUUACUUCUACUAUUUUCAGUAACCAAUUCAUCAGAAUUACCAACACAAAACCAUCUCCAAGUUGCACAUUCAACAUGUGAAGGAACACUCUAUCCAAACCUUUGUGUCUCAACCUUAUCCACAUUCCCAGAUCUUACCUCAAAAACAGUCCCACAAGUCAUUUGCUCUGUCCUUAACUUCACCAUAAAGGAAGUUAAAUUAUCAUCUAACAACUGCACCGACCUACGAUAUCGUAGCAGAAGUGUACAAAGCAUACUUGACAAAAGAGCCCUCGACGAUUGUGUCAAUUUAUUUGACACAACCGUCGAAGAGCUCAAAUCAACAAUUGCUGAUCUCUCUCAAAAUCAAACCACAAUAGCUUCUGACAGUAAACGUGACUGUCAAACUCUGCUAAGCGGCGCAAUGACGAAUGUGUACACAUGUUUGGAUGGUUUUGCUUAUAGUAAAUCCAAGUUAAGAAGCAAAAUUGAGAAUGGUUUGAAUGAUAUUUCUAAUCAUGUUAGUAAUUCACUUUCCUUGUUGAAGAAAGUUCCUGGAGUUAAGUCUAAAACUUCAAAGUCUGAGGCUUUUCCUGAAUAUGGUAAGGUGAAAGACGGGUUUCCGACGUGGGUUUCCCCGAAAGAUAGGAAGCUGUUACAAACCGCAACGAAUCAGACUAACUUCAAUCUUGUUGUUGCUAAAGAUGGCUCAGGCCAUUUUACUACUAUAGGAGAAGCAAUUGCUGCAGCUCCAAACUCGAGCGCAACUAGAUUUUUGAUACAUAUAAAAGCGGGGGCAUACUUAGAGAAUGUGGAAAUUAUAAGGAAGAAGACCAAUUUGAUGUUAGUUGGAGAUGGAAUUGGAAAGACAGUUGUGAAGGCUAGUAGAAAUGUUGUAGAUGGAUGGACCACUUUCCAAUCAGCUACAUUUGCUGUUGUGGGAGAUAAUUUCAUAGCCAAGGGAAUAACCUUUGAGAACUCAGCUGGAGCAAGCAAACAUCAAGCUGUGGCCUUGAGAAGUGGCGCCGAUUUCUCAACCUUCUACCAAUGCAGCUUUGUUGCUUACCAAGACACUCUAUAUGUCCAUUCUCUCCGUCAAUUUUACCGUGAAUGUGAUGUUUAUGGCACCGUAGACUUCAUCUUUGGCAAUGCAGCCGUGGUUUUCCAAAAUUGCAACCUAUACGCACGCAAACCCGAUCCAAACCAAAAGAAUUUGUUCACUGCACAAGGUAGAGAAGAUCCUAACCAAAACACUGGAAUUUCGAUUAUAAACUCUAAAGUUACGGCUGCUUCGGAUUUGAUUCCAGUAAAAUCAACGUUCAAGACUUACCUCGGUCGUCCGUGGAAAAAAUAUUCAAGAACAGUUUAUCUUAAUUCUUUUUUAGACGAUUUGAUAGAUCCGGCAGGAUGGUUAGAAUGGAACGGAACAUUUGCGUUGGAUACAUUGUACUAUGGCGAGUAUAAGAAUCGGGGUCCGGGCUCGAAUACGACAGCUAGAGUUAAGUGGCCGGGUUAUAAAGUGAUUACAAACACUACUGAGGCAAGUCAGUUUACUGUUAGGCAGUUUAUUCAAGGCAAUGAAUGGUUGAACUCUACUGGAAUUCCAUUUUUCCCUGAUUUGAGUUGAAAGUUGUAAUGGUGUCUAUCUCCAUUAUAUAUUCUUCUCUGAUUAUUGUGUACUAGAAUUUUAAAAUGUAUGUGUAAUAAUAAAUUGGUUUUUCCUAAACCGAUAAUUUGAUAUAUUCAUCCGAUAACUAAUGAGAACAAGUUAUAUGCAUGUGAGAAAAAAAUUGGUUACAAGUUAAAUUGUUGGUACCACAUGCAAAUUUAUUUAUGUGACUUGUUCUCAUUGAUUGUUAGGUAAAUACCCUCAAAUUGUCAAGGGAUGGAGUAGGUCUCGCCUAAUAAAUUAAUCAUGGAAAGUGAUAUGAGGUGGGUUAAUCUCCAAUCUUAUUUAUAUCAAGGAUUUGAUAAACUUAGCA